AUGCCCAAGGAAAAAUAUGACCCGCCGGAUCCCAGGCGGAUGUACACAAUUAUGUCCAGCGAGGAGGCAGCAAAUGGGAAGAAGUCAUACUGGGCUGAGCUGGAAAUCAGUGGCCGAGUAAAGAGUCUCAGCACAGCCCUGUGGUCUCUCACCCACCUCACUGCCCUGCACCUCAGUGACAACUCACUGUCACGCAUCCCGCCAGACAUUGCCAAACUACACAACCUGGUGUACCUGGAUCUCUCAUCCAAUAAGAUCAGGAGCCUGCCGGCAGAGCUCGGCAACAUGGUGUCUCUCAGGGAACUGCUUUUAAAUAACAACCAGUUGCGGGUUCUGCCAUUUGAAUUGGGGAAACUGUUUCAGUUACAAACACUGGGGUUGAAAGGAAACCCACUUGCACAAGAAAUUCUGAGCCUCUACCAGGAACCUGAUGGCACGCGGAGGCUGCUGAGCUACUUGUUAGACAAUCUAGCGGGGGCUAUUAAGCGCAUACCAACAGAGCAGCCCCCAGCCCGGUCGUGGAUUACACUCCAGGAACCCGAUCGAACACGGCCCUCAGCAUUGUUCUCUGUGAUGUGCUACAAUGUGCUAUGUGAUAAGUACGCCACACGACAGCUAUAUGGCUACUGCCCUUCUUGGGCUCUAAACUGGGAGUACAGGAAAAAAUCCAUCAUGCAGGAGAUCCUGAGCUGCAAUGCAGACAUCAUCAGUUUGCAGGAAGUUGAGACAGAGCAGUACUACAAUUUCUUCUUGCCUGAGCUGAAGGAGCAAGGAUAUGACGGGUUCUUCAGUCCAAAGUCACGAGCCAGAACCAUGUCAGAGUCGGAUCGAAAGCACGUGGACGGCUGUGCAAUUUUUUACAAGACGGAAAAGUUCAGCGCAGUGCAGAAGCACACAGUGGAGUUUAACCAGCUGGCCAUGGCUAACUCCGAGGGCUCAGAGGCUAUGCUGAACAGGGUGAUGACAAAGGAUAACAUUGGGGUAGCUGUACUGCUUGAGGUCCGCAAAGAGAUGAUGGAGCUCUCCUCUGGUAAGUCCCUCCAUGGCAUGGAGAAGCAGCUGCUCCUCGUAGCCAACGCUCACAUGCACUGGGACCCAGAGUAUUCUGACGUCAAGCUUGUCCAGACCAUGAUGUUCCUGUCAGAGGUGAAAAACAUUGUGGAUAAGGCCACACGCAGCCUCAAGUUGUCCUCUGUCUCUGGUGAGACUAAUGCCAUUCCACUGGUGCUGUGCGCUGACCUCAACUCCUUGCCUGACUCAGGCGUAGUGGAGUACCUGAGUACUGGCGGAGUGGACUGCACCCACAAGGACUUCAAGGAGCUCCGUUAUAGCGACUGUCUGACCAAAUUCAAUUGCAAUGGCAAGAACAGCACGUCCAAUGGCAGGAUCACCCACGGCUUCAAGUUGAAGAGCGCCUAUGAGAACGGCCUGAUGCCUUACACCAACUACACCUUUGAUUUUAAGGGUGUCAUCGACUAUAUUUUCUACUCGAAGCCUCACCUGAACGUGCUGGGUAUCUUGGGCCCUUUGGACCACCACUGGCUUGUAGAGAACAAUGUCAGCGGCUGCCCACAUCCACACAUCCCCUCUGACCACUUCUCCCUCUUUGCUCAGCUGGAGUUGCUCCUGCCCAACGUGCCCCCCCAGGUUAAUGGGCUCCAUCUGCCUACACGCAGGUAGUGAGACCCCGCCGCACCACCAGGGGGAGCUGCACCCACAGCCUCUCCCUCUCAACCCUCCUCCUUCCUCCCACUACCAGCUCUUCCCUCCACCAAACUGAAGGAGGAAGACAUGAAAACACAACCUGUAAAAUAUUCAUACAGUGAGGUCUGGCUGACAGGGAUUUCGUAUAAUGUUAUAGAUAUUCUAUAUUUUUCUUUUUUCUUUUAUGUUCUGUUUUUUUAACUGCUCAAUUCAGUCCUGUUCAUGUAUCAUAUUUUGUGUUUUGGUCUCCCUUCUAUUCUCAAAAUCCACCAAACCUAUCCACUUUGCUUCUGUCUUUAAAACUAGAAGGGAUGGUAGCUCAUUCAUAUUUGUCACUUAGGGCACUGUUUGGUUUAAAGUAAGGGUAUACUUAAAGUGGCCGAGGGGAUGACUUUCCACUGAAAAGCUCCAUAGCUGAUGGUCUGCCUGUCUGUCUGUCCUGUAUAAAUCUGAAACCAGCAAAGACAGCAGACUUGUCAGUCUCAGUACUCCAUCAUUGGCUUGUGCUAGUUUUCCCCUGCACUUUGGGCAGCCAGCAUAUGUUCUCAGUUUUGUAUGGUAAACGCAUUUGUCGAGGCAGAUGUGGUAGGAUCAGAGCAGCUUUUUGCUGGAAGUUUGAGUAUCCCUGGACGUGGAUGUAGCGCAGCUCGUAUGUGAGGUGAGAUUUCCUGCUGUCAUUCUGUGGUGCUGAGGCCUUGUGUGUAGUUAUGGCCUCCCAUGGUGCUACAAGAUAGUCUACACCUCUGACCCUGGACCUGGUACUUGAGCUACCAAACCCACAGAUGCCUAGAAAAAGCAGUCGUGAGCUUACGUUUGCCUGAUUUCACACAGGCAGUGUGUAGUGCUGAAAAGUCAAGAUGUGAGAAAUUGAUAGAAGCUACCAUCCUGUUUGCUGACAGUUUCAUCCCAGCCUGUAUAGUUGUUAGGCUAGUCUUGUGCUUAGGAGCUCAUGUGGCUCAUGC